AUGGCGGCGGCCGGCGGAGAGCAGGAGCGGGAACCGGCGCGCUUCGUCUACGUGACCCGCUUCGGCUCGCACCAGUGUGGCAGCGUCUUACAGCUGGGCGGCCGCCGGGCGAAGGGCCGGUGGAGCCUCGGUCUCCGGGCGGGCUGCGGCCGGGAGGAGCCCCGGGGAGCGGCGGCGGGGGCCGCGGGCGGCGGGGAACGGCCCCCCGGCUCCGCCCCCGCGGCCUCCUCACCCGCGGCCUCCUCACCCGCGCCGGCGUCGAGCGCGCGGAGCGGCCCCCGGCCGGCGGCGCGUGCAGGUUUAACCCAGAAGACUUCAGCGAAAAAAUUUGAUCUUCCCAGACCUUUGAAUGAAACUUCCAGAAUAAUGAAGAAAAAGAAAAAGGUUUCAGUGUGGAAUAGAGUACACAAAAUCAUUUCUAGAAUGCUUGAAGAAAAUGAAAAAUAUAGACUCAGGCUGAAAUGCCAACGUUUAUCUAGUGAAAACUCAAAUUAUACAAGAUGAAUCUUCUUAUCAUCUUCUGGAUUAACAUAUCUUUGGAUCUGUUUACCAAAGAAGAUUAUGAAGAGUUUAAAGAUAGAA